ACUUCCAAACCCUAGCCGCGAACCGCGCGCCCGCAGGCUUAUCCCGACUCGCCUCCUUUUAGCCAAUAAAAACAAGAGAGAGAAAGUGAGAGAAACAGAGAGAGAAAAACAAAAUUAGGUUUAAUUACAUUUGUGUGUUUCUCUUGAAGCAAUCGAAGAAGAGGUACCGUACACCAGAAAAUUUAGGAUUAGGGUUUUGAAGAAUUUUAAAUUUGAUAAAACCUAUCAAGUCCGCCAUAGAUCUUUGAAAUCUAGUCAUACUGUUAAGGCUACUGUUUGGUUCAAAAGUUUAUUUCCUUUUCACCAUGAAAUUACUAUUUUUUCUUAUAUCCUAGUGCUCUUAGCUUGGCCCUAAAAUCAGUAAUCACUGUUCUGUAUGCUUUUAAUCAAUUUCUCCAUAAAAAAGGAAAGGUAAAUAAGUUGAGUAUAUAAACAAAUUGUAGGUUAUAGAAAUAGUUGGUUGUAUGAGAUAUAGGGUUUCGUAUUUGAUGGAUGAGAUCUGGGAGAGAGCGGUGGAAACAGCUUUAGACGGUCAAAAGGACCACAAAGCGGCUCGAACGUUAACUCUAGACGGCGCGGUGAAGUGUGUACAAGGGCGGUUGCCACCGCCGAGUCUUCUAGAGAGAUUUGACAACCUUGAGCUUCUUUCGAUUGCGAAUAUAGGAGUUUCAUCGCUAGAGCAGUUUCCACGACUCAAAAACCUUGAGAAACUUAUCCUCUCUGACAACCGCAUCGCAGGAGGCCUAGAAUUUCUGGUUCAAGCGGGCUUGGACUCCCUUCGCGACCUUGAUUUGUCAAACAACCGGAUCCAGUUCAUUGAAGAUCUAGCGCCCUUGGCUCAACUUAAGCUCAUUUCUCUCGAUCUGUAUGAGUGUCCUGUCACCAGAGUGAAAGAUUAUCGAUCUAGGGUUUUUGCAAUGAUCAAGUCCUUGAAGUACUUGGAUAAGAUGGAUGCAGAGGAGAACGAGAGGCCUGAAUCCGAUGAUGAGGAGGAUGAUGACGAUGAAGAUGAUGAGGAUGAUCCUGGGAGUGGAGAAGUCGAUGGUGAGGAUAGGCUGUUUAGGAGGGAUAAUGGGCACAGCGAGAAUAUAGAAGGGAUUGUAGAUGCUGAAGAGGAUGAAGAGAGUGAUGCAGAUGAAGAAGAGACUGAGACUGCCCGACAGCCCAAUGAGACGAGCCAUCAGACAAAUGGACAUGAAAAUGUGAAUGGGGAAUAUGUAGAUUUUGAAGAUGAGGGUUACGAUUAUGAUGAAAUUGAAUCCGGAGAGGAAAUUUUUGAGGAAGAAGAUGUGGCUGCCGUUGGGGAAAGUGAUGAUGAGGAAGAUGGAGUUGAGGAUGAUGAUGAGGAUGAUAAUGAUAACGAUGAUGAUGAUAAUGAUAACGAUAACGAUAAUGAUAACGAUGAUGAAGAUGAAGAAGAGGAGGUGGAUAAUGAUGAGAUAGAUGGGUAUUUUGCUGACCCUGAGAGUACAGGGAGGUUGACAAGCACGGAAGGAGAGAUUGAUGGUCAUGAGCAGGGGGAGGAAGAUGGUGACGAUGAUGGGGAGACUGGGGAGGAGGAGCAAGCUGUUGAGGAUGAUGGGGAGUUUGAAAUUGAAGAUGAAGAGGAGGAGGAAGACUGUGGUGCAGGGUACCUAGUUCAGCCAGUGGAGCAGGCUGAAGAAGAUGAUGGUGGAGGCAGUGAUAUGGAGGCAGGGAAUGAAGAGGAAGUUGAAGAAGAAGAAGUACAAGAUGAUGAAGAAGUUCAAGAUUUGCCAGCAGCUCCGUCACAGCUGAAGAGAAAGAGAGGUGAUGAUGUUGAUGAAGAUGACAGUGGUGAGGAUGAUGAGGAUGUUGUUGAAUCAUCAUCAAAGAAGCACCAUUAGCUGUUUUCCAUCUCUCAUUCGUAGAUGUUUAGUUAAUGUCUGGAAAAAAACAGUUGGAUAGAUUGGUUGGUAGUGAUUUUGGCUAUGUCUUCUUGGACAAUGACAAUGUUUAGGAAGAAGAUAGAUAGAUAGAUAGAGAAAGAAACUUUUAUCUUGGGUGGAACCUUUAGUUCAAAAGGUUGUUAGUAGUUCUUUCCCGCUUGCCCUCUCUUACAUAGCCGUUGCUAUGAUAUUUUCAAAUGGCAGUUAUGUAGGGAGAGAACUCACUCUCACCGCCCAAACCCAUCAGUGCUUUUGUUUCAAAAGGGGGUUCUAAAUGGAGGGAAACUAAAUAUUCUCAAAAAUCUUUUGUUUUUUUCCUUCUGUUUGUCCAAGCGGGGGUUUUAAAAAGGGGCUUGUAAAACGCAUCGCUAUGUAGAUAGUUUUCAAUUUUCAAUCAAUUUCAAGUGGGCGUUUGACGUGUUCAAUACCUUUUAUCAUUAUAUAAUUUGUCAAGCUGUGAUUGGUAGCCUGCUUUAUUUAUGAGUUGCAGGGCUGUUGGACAGGUGGCAUUUUAAUUCUAUGUAGAUAGCGAAGGGGUUUCAUUAGUUUUAACCUGGUCCCGAAUUAUUCCCCUUCCAAGGUUUCUGAAGUCAUGUGAUAUAUGGGGCCUGUUAGCUUGAUGGGUAUUCAGUGAUCAUCUAACGGUUGAGUAGCCAUGAUCCACUUAAUUUAUCAUCUGAUGCUUUGUAUGGUGGUGCUCCUGAGUUCUUUGGUAGAUUAAUUGCCUCUUUUCGGAUACAAGUAUUUAUUUGCUCGGCGCUUGUGCACGGCUAUUUAAAUAUCGGUGCAGCGAAUCUCAUUGUUCGACUCUCUCGGCCCGGCCCAGCCCAGCUCAAGGUCCACAGCUUCAUUCAAGCUCGCAGCUGAAGCCUACAUUUUCUCUGUUAAAACUGUAGCAGCGAGUUCAUUAAUCACUGGUAAUUAGAAGGAUCCAAGUUUGAGGAGCCACUCGGUUAUUCACUUAUUCUCGCUUGACAAACUGUCACUCUGCUGGCACGUGCUCUUCAAGUCAUCAUUUUUUUCAUUUUAUUCAGGCUCCAUAUGUAUGAUCUUCAAUAUUAAGUUGUUACAUUAUAGCGUAUAUAUUUGACUAUAAUAUUGAAAUUUA